ACCUGUGGUGUAUUGUCGUAUUGUAUUGUGGAUUUGAAUGCUGAGUGCAGUGCUGAGAAUCCACCGUUGAAGUUGGAAAAGCUCCGUCAUUUUCUCGGGCUCGGCUCCAGCUGUUUAACUAAAGGUUUCGAUCUAAUGAAUCCAUCAUAUGGCUGCUUAAGAAAUCUGUAUGCAUUUGGAGACUGUAUCAAGGAGAAGUAGUUCAUACAGAUAUGCCUGAGUACAACUAACAUCUGUGAUACAUAAUGGAUCUUGAUAUGGAAACUAGAUAGGAUUGAACUGUGGCUGUUCAGAAAUCAUUUCACUCACUUUCUCCUCCUGAUACAGCUGUCUUGGAUCUUCCCCUGUGAUCUUAAGGAUAAAUUUACAGUACCCCUUAUUUGGUCCUCUUAUGUCAAAGUCCUGGUCCUUGAUUCCUGGACAGCCACAGAUCUGUAUUGUCUAAAAUCUCUCCCAAGGCCAGGACUGUCCAUUCCCCCUUACCCUUUAUUACACUAGCAGACAUAAUAGAAUAUUAAAUUUUGAGGUUAUUAUAAUCAUGUCUACACAAGGCAUCAGAAGCACUAAGACCUACAUCUGGUAUCUGAAAGAUGUUUUAGGGACAGGAGCUACAAGCUCAGUAUACCUGGGCCGUCACAAGAAAACUGGUGAUGUUGUUGCUGUAAAGAUGUUUAAUCAUAUGAGUUACAUGCGUCCUCAUGAAGUUCAACAGAGAGAGUUUGAGGUCCUUCUUAAAUUAAGCCAUAAAAAUAUCAUCCAUCUCCAUCAGAUUGAAGAAGAUCAAAUCUCCAAACAGCCUGUGAUUGUAAUGGAACUUUGUACAGGUGGAAGUCUAUAUACCUACCUUGACACACCUGAAAACCUGUAUGGUUUAAAAGAAAAGGAAUUCCUUCAUGUUCUCAAAGAUGUCUCUGCUGGUAUGAAACAUCUAAGAGAUAAAGGUAUCGUCCAUCGUGACAUCAAGCCAGGUAACAUCAUGAUGGUUAAAGGUGAAGAUGGAGUAUAUAUUUAUAAACUAGCUGACUUUGGAGCAGCAAGGGAAUUGGAAGAUGAUGAAGCAUUCAAGUCACUCUAUGGAACAGAGGAAUAUUUGCACCCUGACCUGUAUGAGAGAGCUGUUCUAGGCGAAAGAAACAGGACAGAAUUUACAGCACAGACUGACCUUUGGUCACUUGGAGUAACCUUCUAUCAUACUGCAACAGGGUCACUUCCAUUCCGUGCCCAUGGAGGACGUAACAACAGAGGUGUUAUGCAUAAGAUAACAACCACCAAGAAAUCAGGAAUAAUAUCAGGUGUCCAGGAAGUGGUAAAUGGACCUAUCAUAUGGAGUGAAGAGCUCCCAAAGACUUGCCACUUUUCAGCUGACAUGCGUCAACAGGUCAAAACUCUUCUUUCAAAUACCAUGGAAUGUAACAUACAGAAGAUGUGGAGCUUUGAAAUCUUCUUUGAAUAUGUUCAGAAACUGACCAGUAUGCAUCCUGUUGAUAUCUUUGUGGCUCCUACAUGUGAGUGUCAUAUCAUUUAUGUAGAACAUCAUCGUAAGGUAGCAGACUUACAGGAUAAGGUGGCACAUUUGACUGGAAUCCAACCUGAAACUCAAUGUUUCUUGUAUGAGAAGGAAGUCUUUGAUCUUGAGAAGUGUUUGAGGUGUGAGGAUCUACCGAAGACAUCUCCAGAAAAUCCUCUGAUAUUGAUCAGAAUGGGAGCUGACGCCAUUCCAGGCGUCAGGAUUCCACCAUUACCAACUCAACCAAAAACAGCCACUCAUUUUUCUGUACAACAAGACUGUACCUUAGCCAAGAAUUGUUCUGCAGUAAUGUGCUAUUACUCCAAUGUAGUGGGUACACUCACAAGGAUAGAAACUCUCAUUACUCAAACUGUCAAAUCAGUCAUUGUGAUGUUACAUAUGGAUUACAUGAAGCUACGUAGUAAACAUUCUGCAGUGAAGUCUUUAUGUCUUCUUGGAGACUGUAGAUGCAAAAGCCUUGAGAGGACCUUUCUCUUACUAACAGGUCUUGAUAACACUGAGCAUGAUGACAUCACUCACAGAAUAAAAAACUGCAAGGAAAGAUUAUGUGAGUUAAACAAGACCUGUAACCAGAUAGAAUCAUCUCUAGAUGCUGUAGAACGAACAGCCAUCAAAGAUGAUUAUCUUUCAUCUCAAUGGGAAGCCAUUAGACAGCAAAAACAGCUUGUUCUUCCUGUUGGAAAGAUUGGUCGAUUAAAGGUUCUCUGUGAGGAGGGUCUGGAAACUUACAAACGUUUCAAGAAAGACAAGCAAACCAAACAACUAUCCUACAAUGAAGAACAGAUCCACAGGAUGGACAAGGAAAAAUUGGCUAAGAAGAUGGUAAAUGCAAAGAAGAUUUUUGAUGACUUGUUUGAAAUCUUGAAGAAUCUUCAUCAUGACUUUGGCGUGUGGCACGGUACUGGAAGUGAAACACGUAAAUUCCAGAAUCUGUUAAACAGUGCUCAGUAUAGACUUCCUGAUCUACCAUAUGAAUACCAAAAGGUCUUAAAUGAGCUAAGCAAGAUUGAAGACAAGGUGACUGAAUUGAUGAGAUCUAGGAGUGGUAUAGCAUCAGCCAGUCAACCAUCAGCUUCUCCUCAAACAGCAGAUGUUAUGACAAGUAUAACAUCAAGCUUUCCACAGCCGACUUUGAGGGUUUCACAAGUGAGAUACGGAGGAGCUGACAACCGUUCUGAUAGCUUGAUGUCGUCAGUACAACAACUUAUCAAUAAUCUUCCUCUUGAUAGUCUUGGAAUGGUACCAGUCCCAAGAGCUGUCAAAGAAUCUUUACAGCAGUAUGAGGAUGGUCUUAAUAGUUUCAAACUGCAGCUUGAAAGUGGAAAUCGGCCCUUUACAAGAAACUCUGCAGACACCCGUCUAAUGUGAAACAACAAAAAGGGAAAAGCUUUUCACCUAAAUAUUGUUGCUACAAGAGGAUGCUGUCAGAUAAAUGAUCAGACCAUGAACAUUUGUUGAUGAGUAGCUGGUUGAUAUUUGGAAUAUGUUUGUUUUGGUGAGAAGUUGGAAAUCAAAAGAACAGGAAAGGUUGGAUGCAAAUCAUAUGCAUCACAUUAGCUCUGAUGAAUGGACAACGGUGAUGGAAUCUGUGAAACACUGGAGUGAACACUGGAAGAAGUCUCAGUAUGUGGUAGAUAGCUUCUGAUGUCAGUAGGAUAUAACUUAAAGAAACUUUCAAAUAAUGUAGAACUGCAGCAUACAGGAAGAUAUCUGGUUCUUAUUCGUGUAUCUGUGGAUUUGUUGAUUUUGAGAGAUGAUUUCCCCUCUAACGAUUAUAAGUGACUGCUGAUAGGAAAUGGCUAAAACUAUACGUCAAAAUAGGUUAGAAUGUUUGUGAAGAGCAUAUUUCUUUUAAAUUGAAUGAUUGUUUUAAUUUCUGUUCACACAAUUUUUUAAAGGUCAUGUUUCAUCCUAUAUAUUCAAAAUGUUAUGACACCUAUGGAAACUUGUACUAUCACCAACAAGUUCGGAUGAAAUUUGGAAAGUGAGUUAAUCAAAUGGAAAAUAUAUAUAUAUUUCAUAUAUCACAUGAUAUAAUAUUAUAAUUAUUUACUAUAUUGAAACUUCUGUAUAAAGUGCUUUAUAAAUGUUCUUUAUUAUUGUUAUUAUUAUAUUAAAAUAAGAUUAUAUUUCAUUUAAUUCCUUGGCUGUUACAGAGUAAAAGGUUGAUGAUAAAAAGAAUUCAAACUAAUUUGGCUGAAAUGUUGAUAAUACAAAAGUGUAUGCAACAAAAAAUAAGAUUGAAACCAUUUUUGAUGUGGUUUGCGAGGCCAGAUGUAAGGAAACACAGUAGUUAUAGAUCUAUCUUCAUGGCAGGGGUUCCAGAAAAAUAUACAAUUUCAUUUUAUGAAUAUCAUAAUCUUUUUUAUUUCAUAUAUAUUGUAAGUAAAAAAGAAAAUCAACAGGUGAAAAGCAGAUGUUAUAUCUUGAUGAUUGUAAAUCAAUCAUCUUUGUUUUCACAUCAAGUAUAAGAUUCAUAAAUAAUCAAUUUCAUUAUGAAUGAGUGUCUUUAACUUCAUUUAAAAGUUCUGCUUAUAGGUGUAUUGAGAAUUUUGUUUGACUUAACAUUGCCAUUUUAUUGUAUUUAUCAAUAUUUAUCAUUUAAAAGAUUGAUUGGAUCAGGUAUUGUUUAAAAAUCCAAUUUGUUAUGACACAUAGUUUUAUAGUAUUUUUCAAACAAUUCAUAUUAUAUGUUGCUUCAAAAAUAUCAACAGUCAACACCAUUAUAUUUAGUAUCUAGUAAACAUAUUCUUUCUAAUAACUUGUGGAAAUAUAUGUUUAUGCAUUGAGCAGCAAGUAUGAUAAAUUGUUUAGGUUUAUAUAAAUUAAUAGAAUGACUGAAUAAGAAAAUGAGUUGAAUUAGAUAGUGCUCGUGGAUGAAGUGUAUAUUUGUCUCAGAAGUCUGCCAAAUGAUAUUCAUGCCCCCAUUCACUGUUAGCCUUUUUGGGAGGCAUUAUUUUGGGGGUCAUAUCUCUUUGGGAGGCAUUAUUUUGGGGGUCAUAUCUCAAUUUUUCCUUGUUUUCCUGUCAAUUUCCAAAACUACUUCUUUUUUCAAGAACUCAAAUCAUUUCUCUCUAAUCGUAUUGCAGUGUAACAAUGUCGAUGUCAUAUGAGUUUUAUAUAGUGUGUUCUUUUGAUUGUUUUAUUUGUAUUGUGUAGGGCCCUGAUUGACAACAGUGUCUGAACAGGCUACCCUGGGUUAAGAUGACAAAUAGAAUGAAUAAAUAAAAUCCCAUUUUCAUUAUCACUUUCAGUAAAAGAACGGGGUUCCCAAUUUUUCAAGAAAAAAAAAAUUCCCUGAUUUUUCCCUGA